UCCUUUGGUUUGGGCUACUCCGCUGCCGGCGGUCCUGUCCUGAUUGGCGUGGAUGAACUCGGCGCCUUCAUUGCCGCAGCGGAGCAAGAUCACCAGGCUCGCGUUGCCCGCCGGCGCGACGGCGAAGCGGCCGGCAAGGCGUGAAAGCGGUCCAAGGCGUGCGCGAGGAGUUCGAUUGGCGUGGACGAACUCGGCGCCUUCGUUGCCGCAGCGGAGCGAGCGAGAUUGGCCGGAGGCUUGGGAAGGAGGACACCAUUCUGGCUGUAGCCCAUUGUAAUUCGCGGCAGGUUCCAUGGCGUCAGGUGGACGGUGUCCGGCUCCAGCGGCAGUGAGUUCUUUUCUUCCUCGUCAUGAGCAUGGACGAUGGACAUGUAUGUACUUUCCUUCCUCAAGUAGUCAUCCUCCUCGGCGUCCUCCGCGGACGUCGACGAUGCCGGCCGCCUCAGCCAGGACUACGUCGAGCGCGGCCCCCCAACGGGGACUUCUACACGUACGGGGCAGUGGCGCAGCGGCGCGUCACGGCGCCGGGAAGUACCUGUGGACGGACAGGUGCAUGUACGAGGGAGAGUGGCGGCACGGCAAGGCCACGGGCCGGGGCAAGUUCUCCUGGCCGUCGGGCGCCACCUACAGGGCGAGUUCACGGACCUUCAUGGACGGCGACGACACCUACACCGUCGCCGCCGGGGACCCGUACAAUGCCUCCUGGUCCAUGAACCUCAAUGAUGGCGACGGCAGGAAGAGCUACGCCAAAGGCGACCAAUACGACAGCGACUGGCGCUCCAGGCUGCAGGACGGCUAUAUACAUCUGGCGCAACGGGACCGAGUACAGGGGGAGUGGCGGGCCGGCCUCAUCGACGGCCGCGGCGCUGGGCGCCACCGAGUCCACGCCGCUGCAGAGGCCGCUCAACAGUUCGGGUAACCGGACGUGAUGUGACCGUAAAUGCAAGAGAUAAUCCUUCAAAACAUGUUACAAAUUGGCUCUUUUAGCUUUGAGGUGCCGCCAACUGAACCGUAGAAGGAUGCAGUGAAGCCAAACUUCAGAACCCCUCCAAACUGAAAUAAUAUUGGUACUAUUUUCAUGUCCGGUGGAGUAGUUCCAAUCGUACGAGCAAAGUUAUUAUUUUAAAUUAUGUGAUCAGCGUGGCCGGUGAUCAACGUGGCCGUAUUGAUUAAUUAUAGCGUUCUAAUUAAAA